AUGACGUUCCGGUUCGCUUCUGUCGCGCUGUGGUGUUUGAUCGUGGUCAGCUGUCAAGCGGCUGUUCCGCGGCGCAACGAUGCCAGAAUCGUUGGUGGUAGUGACACCACGAUCGAGAACCACCCGUACGUGGUGUCACUGCGCCGGUUGCACAAGCACAGCUGCGGUGCGGCCAUCCUGAACGCCAACACCAUCCUUACGGCCGCUCACUGCGUUUACUACCCUGAUCUGCAGGCGAGUGAUUUUGAGGUGCGCGCCGGAAGCACGUUCCGCAAUGAGGGUGGACAGCUGAUCGCCGUUUCGGAGGUGCACACCCACCCGAACUUUGAUGAAUGGACGCUCGAGUGGGACAUUGCGGUGUUGAAGCUAGCGAGCAGCCUUGUGCUGGGACCUAACGUUCAACCAGUCAAUCUGCCUGCGGCUGGUAUGGUCGUUCCGGAAGGAACCAGUGUAACCAUAGCUGGAUGGGGUGCUCUUUACUACCAAGGACCAUCGACCAACCAUCUGCAGCACGUGACCAUCCCGACCGUUAGCAAUAGCCAGUGUGGCAUCGCUUAUCAGAACUUUGCACCGAUCCUACCGUUCCACAUCUGCGCCGGUACGAAGGGACACGAUGCCUGCCAAGGGGAUUCCGGUGGUCCGCUCGUGUACCAGAACCAGGUGAUCGGUAUCGUCUCGUGGGGUUACGGCUGUGCCUUCGAAAACUAUCCCUCCGUUUACACGCGUGUGUCCGAGUUUUUGAGCUUCAUUAACGAGCGUUUGUAA